CAAUAAUAUCGAAGAACAGUAAAGUGCUGCGACGCAUCGACUUCCCUCCAAAGAGAAAACAAAUUAUACGAACAACACGAAAAGAUGGAUCCCACAGAUCUCGAAAUCAUUAAAUCUUUGCCGGGAAACGACAAAUGUUUCGACUGCGGUGAACCUUCCACGCAGUGGGCCUCUGUUUCCUAUGGGACGUUAUUCUGUAUCGAUUGCAGCGGAAAACGAAGGUAAAAAACGAUUACAGACACUGACAUUCAAUAUUCGUAGACGUGAAGUGACGAGAACGCAAUGCUGUUAUCUUUUUUCCAUUUUUCGGUUGUGAUCGAAUAGUGAUCGGUGGAUCGAUCGAUUCAAAAAUCACUGAAGCAUUAUAGCGGAAGAUGCAGUACCAAUGCUUUCGCGAAUGAUACUCUCACGAAAGUAUUCUUGCUUGCAAAACUGAAUAAUGCGGGAAACAAUAGAGCACUGGGAGUCCACGUUGAUUUUGUGCGUUCCCUGACACUAGAUUCCUGGAAACCGGAACACGUCGCGGUGAUGAAAGCUGGGGGCAACGACAGGUGUUUCCGCGCCUUUCGAGCAGCCAAGAUUCCGAUGGCGGUCACUGAUGGCGGYGGACGGAACAGCCUGGAAAACAACGUCGAGGAUUUUCGCGAACGCUACCACCAUCCUGGGGCGAAAGACUACAAGCGGGAACUGCUCCACGAAGCGACAAAAACUUGUGGUGAAGGCGGCAACAACGARGGCAUCGACGCGCGCGAACUKGAUUCUUCCGAACUAGAACGCAUAGAUACGCUGGCCCGGAUGGAUCCCGAAAUUCCUUGGCAUCUUCCGGUCCCGUUCGUGGUGUACAAACUGUUACUAUUAUCGAUACGAGUCRUCUUCGGGAUUCCUUUCCUGCUGCUAGCAUUGUUCUUUUGCCUGCUGCGUUUUAUUKUGUGCCCCGAUAAUACGCUGGUACAGGGGCUGGGUUGGAUGGGUCUUGUUCUUCCUGCGAUCGGCGCGGUGCUUUUCGGGCGCAAGUUGUGCCUUGAUUUCACGCGGGGACGGAUCCCGCCGUUCAAAUCGGCCCAAAACCUGCUGGCAGACAAAAUGAAAGAAGGGCGGGCUAUCCGAACCCCUGGCUACGACGUCUUUUUGCCACCGAGGASCAACACCAAAGAUGAUGGCGACGACGCAGGGGACAAUCCGAAUAACAACAAAYGUGUCGGCUUGAUGCUGUAUCCGGGUUGGUUGAUCAACCACACCGCCUACGCUCCGAUCGCAUCGAAACUGAGUGACUGUGGCAUCUUAGUGGUCGUCGUGUCAAUGGAACCCUUCCGUGCGAGCGUCAAUAGCACCAAGAUGGAAACCCAACGUGCCCUGCACAUAAUGUACGARCUUCUGACGGAGAUCACACCGGAUUGGCCCGUGUCGGAAUGGGCUCUGGGUGGUCACUCGGCGGGUGCCCAUCUGGCCAUUAAGGUUGCUGGGGCCACCAGUCCCGGGACCUCCAAGCUAGUGUUGUGGGGCUGUGGAGCCCGCCCCAUCGAUUACCGGUCCUGCUCUCUAGCAGAUAACACUUCCAUCGAGGUCCUGGCUCUUAASGGAUCGGAAGACGCAUCGAUCAAUAUGCUGUCAUUUUCCCAGAAAAUGGAGUUCAGAAACAUCCUGCCUCMGACCACCGUUUACCGAACUAUCGAGGGAGGAAACCACAACGGGUUCGGUCACUAUGAAAAGYCAAAGAACAAGAAGAGGGACGGGGUCCGGAAGAUCACACUCGACGAACAACAAGAUACGGCGGUAAACGAAACUGUGCGAUUUCUAGUCGAGGGAGGAAAGGCGGCAGUGGCAGACAUUUGCCCCAAAAACACUGUGCCUGUCACGUCUUCUGCACCGAGCACAGAACCAUCAAAGAAGAACAAAUAAAUUAUAAAAUACUUGCUACUAU